AUACUAAUUUUUGUCGCCAUGGAACAAAAUAAAGAGACCGAAGAAACUUUUGAUACCGGGCGAAAACUGUCAACACUGUCCACACGCCCACGACGCACAACGCAGUCAAGACGUUCCACAUAUACGACAUACCACAAAUCUAGUCAAAAAUAUGAAAUUCCCAUCCACAAUAAAAAUAAAUCAGAUGUGCUAUUACAAAGUCUAUGCAAGCGCCACCCGAAUGACGCCAAGUUUAUUGGAGACUUUGACAGCACUGAAUUUGAUAAUGAUAACAUCUAUAUAUGCAAAGCUAAAGAUCCAGACGCACUUGAUUUCAUUGAUCAGCAGCCCAGCUAUAGUAAAUUCAAAUCACCCUUGGAAUCCCAAUGUUUGUCACGAUAUAAGGAAUGUACAAUGAAGUAUAAUCGUCUGUUCAAGAACGAGAUGAGGAAACUCAUUGACUACCAGUGUUCCGCCAUCGAGGCAGCCUAUCUUGUGCGAGUGAUGGCAUUUACCACGCUAUGGCCACCUUAUCACAAUGAAUCGGAAAUAGACAGUACAUCUCGGAAAUUCUUUCGUUUGACCCCAAAAGAGCAAAAGAGGUUCACAAAAAUUACUGGUAUGCCGUACAAAUCAAAAUGAAAUGUAAUUCCUUAAAUAUUAAAGAAAAGA